AUGGCUCCAGGAAGAGAUACAGGCCAAACACCUCCUUGGCAAGGAGGUGAAUUGCUUGUCAGACAGGAAGAAGCUAAAGGCAUGCCCUUCUUCCUCCAAGGAAAGAGAAAUGAGAGAGAAAGGGAGUCGCACAGGAAGUCUAAUUUGUUUUCAGUUCCUGUCUCCAGGUUUAAGCCCCAUAUCUGCAAAGCAUAUUUGAUUGUUGAGGAAAGGCUAGAAGAAGAGCUUUUGCCCCGCUCCCUGUUGAGAACUAUGAGGGAAGAUACAGAGCCCGGGGAUUCAGAAGGGCAAGGGAAAUUGGCCCAAGCGGACAUCAGGGCUAUGGCCGACCUUUGUAACGAGACCUUCAAGUCCUUUACUGACGAGGUACAGAGAUCUGGUUCAUUCAGCUUUUCUGAAAGACUGCAACCCUGGCCCCAUGCCUCUGGGAGCAAACCUGAGAGUGGAAAGCCCACUACAUACUUGGAAUAUCGAGACAAGCAAUCUGAGCUUUCGGAGUACAAAAAUUAUGAAGAGAAGUUCAGUAGAAAAUGGAUCAACCAUCUCAAGGGCAAAGAAACUAACUCUGAACAGUACCAACCAGACACUAAACUUCAAACAGAAAUCACUCGGGCAUCCGAGGGAGAAUUGAAUGCCCUGCAGUCUUUUUGCACCAUUAAGAUAAACCUGAUCCAUCGUAGAGCGAACUCUAAGGAGAAAAAGAGCAGCAGACAUAAAAAGCUGCAGUUUACGUUGGAUGCAGAGCCUUCAGAGAGAGAUGUCUUAAACUGUACUGUCCCUGAUGAGCUUUUGAACAGAGUCUAUUUAAAAAACAUGAGGACAAUAGCAAAACAGGUGGCGACAGCUAAGCAACAUAUUUCUUCUCAGUGUCCUAGUUGUAACAGAAAAAGAGCAGAACUGGCUCAAUCUGCCUUCCUGAAACGAAAGAAAACUUUACUGGAGUCACUUCUACUCCAAGAGAAGAUAGAUGAACAUCUUCAUACUAAAGACUUUCUGACCCUUAUUGGAGAAGUGCAUCAAGGCCUUCCCAGGCUGUCAGAUGACCCCAGAAAAAUCUGGAAAAGACUGAGUGAGAAAAGUCAGAUCGGAUACUCCGGUUUUGAAAGGUCAGAUAGAGAGCAAGAGAUGUAGCAAAGUGGAGAUAAUGUUUGUCUCACUUUUUCGCUACCGUUUCUCAAACUACUGACUCUAACCAAACUGGAGAUGGUAUUUAUUCAUGAUAAUGUGUAAUAUGGAUAGCUGUUUCUGUUGUGUAUUUGAAUAAUUAUCAUCAUUUCUACAGGCACUUUGGAAACUAACAAGACUUUACUAUGCUUCCUUCACAGAUUUGAGGACUAAAAACUUUCCAUCCAAUAUAUUUUUCAGAUUUGAGGGGGCAAGAUUGUACUUGGAAUAGUGACAAAGUUUUUAUAACAAUCCAGGAGAGAGAUGAUGGUAUUUUGGACUAGGGUUUUGACAGUAUAGACAGAAGUAAGAGAUACUUAGUAAGAAAUAAUUGACAGUCUUUGGUGAAGAAAUAGAUAGGGGGAUUUAAUAAAAGGUAAAUUUUAAGAACGUUACUAAGUGCCCUUGGAUGAAUGAUGAUUUCAUUAAGGUAGGAACAUUGGAAGAGAAUCAUCUUUGAUAGGAGUGAUUAAGCGGGGGGGUUAUUUGGACACGGUUAGCUUGAGGUAUAUUUGAGACAUCCACAUUGAGAGGUUAAGGAAACAUUUGGUUAUUUGUGCUUGCAGUCUAGAGGAAUUUCUAGCCUAGAGAUUUGAAAUAAAAGGGUGAGGGUCAGGAAUCAUUGGCAUCUAGUUGGAAAUUGAGGUCAUAGAUGUGGUGAGCUCUUCUGGAAGGGAGUAUAGUGAGAAGAGGGGAAGGGCUAUGACUAACUCCUGAGAAGUUCAAUGGCUGGAUAGAGGAGAAUAAGCCGGCAAAGGAUGUUGAGAAGAAAUUAUCACAGAAGGAUAAAGGAAACCAGGAAUGUUUAGUGUCAUAGAGCCCGAGGAAAGAGACUGUUUCAAGGAGGAUGGGUUAUCUAAGCAUGAAAAUGCAGCAGAAAGUUCACAUGAAGUGACUUAGUCGUGUGUCCGCCUCUGUUGACCUGAGCAACAACCACUUCACUUAUAGAAAGUGGGCAUGUAAAGUGGAUUGAGGAAUAAAUGUAAGGGAAGGAAAUGAAGAAUAUUAUUAUAGGCUAUUACUUUGAAAGUUUAGCUGUGGAGAUGGGAAGCUGGAAAUAGAUGUAGAAUUAAGAGAAGAAUGCUUGGACAAAUUAUCUAAAAAGCCAUUUUGGUCAUAAAGAUUUUAUGAAACGUCUCUUGUUCAUCUUACUUUCCAUUCUGAUGAAACAAUAUUAUCCCCGGAAGAAUACCAUGGUAUUUGGAAAUACAUUUAUUGGGAAAAAUGUCAGGUGGCAUUCUGAGAAAUUAUAUUUAUUAUUUACUUUCUCUAUAAAAAUAUAAAUCCUAGAAUAAGUGACAGUACGUAGAGGUCAUUUUUCUACUUGUAUAACACCUAAGCUAUCACAAUCAAAAAGGCAUUUGUUUGUAAAACUCACUACAAAACAGUGACUGUAUCUAUUCCAGUAUUACUCUGAGUUUAGACCUUUAUUUAUGUGUAAAAAUACUCUUUUUUUCCUGUAAAAUUUAGCAUAUAUCCCCUUAGUAAGUCAUUUCUAAAUGAAAUGGAAAAUAAAUCAUUAUCAUUUUCAUAGUAACUCUUUAUUUGAAAUCUGCAUUACUUCAUGCUUUAUCUUUGGCAUCUCAAUAUAUUCACAUUUCACAUAAUCAAAAUUCUGAAUAAUUUCCCAUUUAGAAUUUUCCCAUUAAAGGUCAAAAUCCACUUCUUUAGUCAACUAAGCUAGAACUCUUAGAGUCAUCUUUUGUUCCUCCUUUUUUUAUUAACUCAAUCCCCAAGCUAAUUAUUUUUCUGUAAGACCCUUAGAUCAUUCUUCAGUAUCUUCUAGCCCUGAUUUCUCAUUUCCAUCUUAUUACUACUUUCCUCAUCAUCUCAGCCCUCCUACUCCUAAUUUCUCUCCUUCUGAGUCCGUUCUCCAUACAGUUGUCAGAAUUAUUUUUCUAACAUGCAAAUCUGUUCAAGUAAUUCCCUUGAUUAAAAAAACAAACAAACCAAAAAACCCUAAAUGGUUUGUCAGUGCUAUGGAAAUAGUUCACAUUAAUUAAUGCCACAUAGAGGUUCUUUAAUAUCUCGCCUAAAUUUACCUGUUUAAGCUCAUCUCCUGGUCUCUCCCCUCUGUAUUUAAGCCUGUCUAGAAGAAUUGCAAUUCCCUGAGCCCUCUUGUUCUUUGUGCCACUAUGGUUUACGAGUACACGUUUGUUUUGUUCAAAUUCUCUUAAUUGUCGAUUCCAGCUGGUGUAUUCUUCUUCUUCUUUUUUUUGGUUUAGUUUUUAUAUUUUAUUAUGGUAAAUACGUAGUAUAUUUAGAUGGUUCAAAAAUCACAGGGCUGUUAAAAGGUUUAGCAUGCAAAGUCUCCCUUCCACCCAGUUACCCUCCCACUUGCUUCUAUGUUGGCCCUGCCAGACCUCUACCCUGCCAGGCUUAACUCUUUACUUGCUGGAUCAUGGGGCAAUCAGGAAUCCAGGGGUAAGAGCAGAGGUAGAGGGAAUUCAGGAAAUUGGGGAGUGGCCACUUACCAACCAGGACAGAGAAUUUCUAUAUUUUAACCAGGAGAACCUGAUUAGUGUGUGUGGGCUGAAUAUUCAUGUUACCUAUAAGUAGCCAUUUAUAUUAGUUUCGUAUAUAUUCUUCCAGUGUUUCUUUAUGCAAAUACAGACACCAAAGAUAAUUUACUAUGUAUGUUCUUCUGCACCUUGGUUUGGUUUCUUUUCCUAUUUUUUCUUGUGAUUAUCUCUCUGUCUCUCUCUGUGUGUAUAAAUAUAUAUAUAUAUAUAAAAUAUAAUAUAACAUAAAAUUUGCCUUUUUAACCGUGGCUAAUUGUACCAUUCAAUGGCACUACUUACAUUUACAAUGUUGUGCAUCUGUCACCACUAUUUCCAAAAUUUUUCAUCACCCCAAACAGAAACUCUGGACCCCUUAAGCUGUAACUCUCCAUUCUCCCCUCCCUUCAGUCCCUGGUAACUGCUAAUGUUCUUUCCAUCUCUAUGAAUUUGCUUAUUCUAGAUACCUUUAGAUAUUUCUAGAUAGAUAAGUGGAAUCAUAAUAUUUGUUCUUUUGUGUUUGGCUUAUUUUAAUACAUAGUGUUUUCAAAUUUCAUCAUCCA